GCCAAAUGUUUUGAUGAAUUAUCGCUCGUGUCUGCAUAUUGAUUCAGUUUCACUUUAGAAACUGUUUUCAAUCUCCAGCAAUGGCAGCUCUUCUGCACCCCAUGUCUCCCCUCAUUAAUCCAUCUUCAGACAAUACAAGAAAAGCUUGUUGCUUCUUCUCUCAGGUUCCAAAUCUUCACAGUCCUUCACUGAACAAGGGGUUUUCUAGGGUUUUAGCUUCUGGGCACAUCAGUAGUUCUCCUAUGGAGACUCUUUUCAUUCUGCCCAAUUGGAGGAAUGGGAGAAAUGACCCAAGAACCAAAGAACUCAAACUCAAUGAUGCAUUUUCUUAUUUGGAAUACAUGGUAGGCAACGGGAAAAAGCCGGAUUUAGUUCAGUCCAUUCAGCUCUUGCAUGAUCUGUGCAGGGCCAAUAAACUUAGAAAAGCAAUGAGAGUUAUGGAGAUGAUAGUUAGUUCUGGUAAUACGCCAGAUCCCGAGUCUUAUGCUUACUUGGUGAACCAGUUGUGUAAAAGGGGGAACGUUGGGUACGCAAUGCAGUUGGUGGAGAAAAUGGAGGAAAAUGGUUGUCCACCCAACACUUUUACUUAUAAUUCACUUGUUAGAGGGCUUUGUAUCGUUGGGAACCUGCAACAAAGCUUGCAGCUUUUGGAUAAACUAAUGCACAAGGGUCUGGUCCCAAAUGUAUUUACUUACUCAUUCUUGCUCGAAGCCGCUUACAGGGAGAGAGGGGUGGAUGAGGCAAUGAGACUGUUGGAUGAGAUAAUUGCAAAAGGUGGAAAGCCUAAUUUGGUUAGUUACAAUGUUCUGUUAACCGGAUUGUGCAAGGAAGGUAGAACUGAAGAAGCGAUUAAGUUCUUCAGGAGUUUACCAUUGAAGGGGUUUAGGCCAAAUGUUGUGAGUUACAACAUUUUAUUGAGGAGUCUGUGCUUUGAGAAGACGUGGGAGAAGGCAAAUAAGCUUGUGGCUGAGAUGGACGGAGGGGACUGCACCCCAUCUAUAGUUACAUACAACAUCGUUAUCGGUUCACUUGCUAAACAGGGUCGAACUGAUCAAGCUUUUGAGGUCCUGAAGGAGAUGAUGAGGUGUGGAUUUAAGCCAAAUGGUGCAAGCUACAACCCAUUACUCGCUCAAUUCUGUAAGGAGGGGAGGAUAGAUCUUGUGGUUAAGUGUCUAGACCAAAUGAUGUAUCGGCACUGUUAUCCUAAUGACGGGACAUAUAACGCUCUUGCUGUGCUCUGCAGAGAGGGCAAGGUGCAGGAAGCCUUCUCUAUUAUCCAAAGCUUGGGUAAUAAAACAAACUCUUCCAUGCAUGACUUCCAUAGGAAUGUCAUAUCAAGCUUGUGUAGGAAGGGAAACACUAUGGCAGCCUUUCAGCUCUUAUAUGAGAUGACAAAGAAUGGCUUUACUCCUGAUUCCUAUACCAAUUCAUCCUUGAUCAGAGGCCUGUGUAUGGAGGGGAUGCUAGCUGAGGCAGUGGAGAUUUUUACAGUAAUGGAAGAGAAUGAUUUUAGACCAGCUAUUGACAAUUACAAUGCCCUUAUACUUGGCUUAUGCAAGGCCAGAAGGACAGAUCUUUCACUAGGAGUCCUUGAGAUGAUGAUUGAGAAGGGUGACAUGCCUAAUGAGACAACUUAUACUAUCGUAGUGGAAGGCAUUGCCCAUGAAAAAGAAAUGAAGUUGGCCUCAGAGUUUCUGAGGGAGUUGUAUCAGAGACAUUUUCUGAGUCUAAACACUGUGGAAAGGCUUGUGAUGCAAUAUGAUCUGGAAUUAUCAACUCCUUAACUUAGAUCUGGAGAAUAAAAAAGAGGAAAGCUUUACCUUUAGCACCAGUAAGCCAGAGAAGACCACAACAUUUGAUAGAUACAAAAAUGAUUGAAGCAACAGAUUCUGCUAUCUGGAUGAAGAUAGGCAUGACUUCUAUUGAGUUAUGCAUGGAGAUUUUGGGUUAUAAGCUUGAUACUGGUCUCGAGAUUGUUUAAAGGCGGGACAAGAAAAGAUUCAAGCUUUAGUAUUAUUCCGGAGGUGAGAUUAUUUCAAGCACAUCCUUCAUAUUUUUUAUUUGUAAAAAUUGAUGCCUAGUUGAUUUCAUUUGGUCUUUAUUGUCUGCCACACUUUUUAUAGCAACCAAAGAACUUCUAUACUGAAAUCUAUUGAGGAUAACUAAAUCAAAUGCCUGCUUUCCAUUGGUUGAA